UUUUUAUGAAAACUCAAAAAACGGAACUUGUUCUUAUUUUGCUAUUGUGCACUAUUAAUUGUGUAAAUAUUAGUAAACAGGAUGGCGUGGAAGAACUGAAAGUAAAUAGAUAAUAAUGAAAUAGACAAGAAAACAAGUUGGGGUAAGAUUGCAUGGAAUCUAAGUUAAUUAGCUUUUUCUGGUGAUUCUGCUUUGAAAGAGCUAGCAGAUGUUUUGACAUCAGUGGUAUAGAUAUGAGUAUUAUAAUUCAUUAGACGGAGUAGGUAAAAGAUUUGAAGCAUGAUCAUGAAUUCGCUAGUGAUAAAGCUAUUAACGUUUAUAUUAGCAAGAAUGAGAAGUUAGAUUUAGGCAUAGAUGAGACAGUUACUUUUAUUGCUAGGAAUACAGAUUAUUUAGACUCAUAGAUGCAUGAUUACAUUGUGAAUAUAAAUAAGAGAUUAGAGAAUCUAGAUUAAAACGUGAAUGAAAAUAGAAAAUAAUUAGAAUAUCUAACAUUCACUAGAUAAAAGUAAAAUGAUAAAUUCUUAGAUACUUGUAAACUAUAUAUUCAUAGUAGUGUCAUAAUACGAACAUAUGGUUGCACAAGUUGAUAUGUGUAUUGCCUUACUUUAGGGGAUAUUUGCCAAUGAACAAUUUAUCUAGGUCGAUAGAGUCAAAAUAAUAACAAGGAAGAUUUUCGCAGCUACAAUGUUGAUUGGAGGAAUUGAAAUGAAGGAGUUAUUAGAGACUACUGAAUCUGCGAAUUAUACAGACACAAGAGUUCAAAAAUAUGUAAAUCAUAAAUUAUUAAUAUCUAUUAGAUUCUAGAAGCUUUUAAUAAUCUCAGAAAGCAAUUUGUUGAUCACAAAAAUUCAGAUAUUGCAUAUGAUGCGGAAUAAUAAAAAUAAUAUGAAGAUUAAAAGCAUCAAUUAGAUGGAGAACUUUUGAUUUUCAAAAAAGACAUUGCAGAAUUGAUAUACAAUCUAUCAGUUGCAGAAGAGAAAAUAAGAUAAAUUAAAGAUGAUAUUGAAUCAAAUAAAAAAGAUCAAGAGUUUUACAAGAAGGAGAAAGAUUUCAUUAAUAAUGGUAAUCAAAUUGAAGAAAAAUGGAAAGCUAAGAUAACUUAGGAAUAUAACAAUUAAUUAUUAUCAAUAGAGAAAGCAAUGAAUCUAAUAAGUUAACCAGACUUUUGGGCAAGGAAUGAUUAAAUCAAGUUAAAUAAUUGA